AUGCGCUGCGCGUACACUGCAAUGCUCGUGUCCGCCUUGGCCCUUCUGCUGCUCGCCUCUGGCGUAGCAGCUCAGAAUCCCACCACCUACCUUACCGCCUAUCCUGCCCAGACAACCACCAACUGUAGCGGUUCGCCCUACACGAUCACGGCGCAGGCGUGGGAGAUCGCCCAGUGCGUCUACACGGUCAAGUAUACCGUGCAGGGCCGGCCCGGCCUCUCCGACUUUGGCUUCGGACUGGGGACGAGCACGCGCUAUGUCUCAGUCACGGGCUGCACCACCCAGUGGUACAGCACCGGCGGUAACGGCAACCAGUGCUACGGGACCUACGGGAACUGGGAGACUACCACCGGCCUGAUCAAGAUGAACAGCGACCUCGGGUGCGCCCAGAACGCCACGUUCUGGAUCACCGCCUCGAAGGCCACGCUGGUCCAGGGCGGCACCGUGUCGUGGAAGGGCGGCAACACCUGCUGGACCUGCGACGACGUGCCCUACCCCCGACGCGAGCUGCCCCGCCUGGAUGCCACCCUCGCCCUCGCCCUCCGUAACGCCCUCGCUCUCGCCGACGCCCUCUAUCACGCCCUCGCCCUCUCCCUCUGUCACGCCCUCGCCCUCUGUCACGCCCUCGCCCUCUGUCACGCCCUCUGUCACGCCCUCUGUCACGCCCUCUGUCCCUCUGUCACGCCCUCGCCCUCUGUCACGCCCUCUGUCACGCCCUCUGUCACGCCCUCGCCUACCACAUCGCCCUCUCUCUCGCCCUCGGCCUCUACAACGCCCUCUCUCUCGCCCUCGGCCUCUACAACGCCCUCUCUCUCGCCCUCGCUCUACGUAACGCCCUCGCUCACGCCGUCGCCUCCCACAUCGCCGAGCAUCUCGGCCUCCCCGUCGGCUUCGCCUUCGUACGUCGUGCCCAAGGGCGGCGACUCGAGCAAUACGGCGGCGAUCGCGGGCGGCGUGGCCGGCGGCGUGGCGGGCCUCGCGGGCCUGGCGGCCCUGGGUGGACUGGUGGCGGGCGGCGGCUACCUGCUCUACCGCUGGAUCAACCGGGCCAAGCUGCCGGCCGAGCCGGCGUCGGCCCUGGACGCCCCACAAUCGACGGCCGUGGGCGACAACGCGCUGUUCCAGGAGAGCAACGUCAUGCAGCCCAACGCCCUCUUCGCCGACGGCGUGUAA